AUGCGUUAGGUUGCUCCUUGCACUGAGCAUUACAGACCGGCAGGAGAACCAAACCCAAGCACAGAGUCCAAAAAAAAAAGCUUCGCUGUAGAACGGCAAGCGCAGAGGAAAGCGAGGAUCAUGACAUUUGCAGGGAUGCUGAGAGACCAGGACAUCCAGUCUGCCGUGCAGGCGUGUCAAGCUCCGGGCACAUUCAACUACAAAACUUUCUUCUCACAAGUGGGACUGGCCGACUUGUCAGAAGCAGAUUGGAAAAAUGUCUUCAUGGUGCUGGACCAGGACAGGAGCGGAUUCGUUGAGGAGGCGGAGCUAAAACUAUUCCUUCAGAAUUUCUCCCCCGACGCGAGGGAGCUGACGGUGGCCGAAACCAAGACGCUGAUGGCGGCAGCAGACAGAGAUGGCGAUGGCAAAAUCGGAAUUGAAGAGUUCUGCGAUCUCCUGAAAUAACGAGAAACGCCCCUCACUGGCCACGACUUUGAAGAUCCUGACUUUGCAGAUUGUUUGAUCAAAGCUCUGAUAUUCCAAAUCUGCUUGCCUACCCGUUGCUCUCCGACGGAUGCCGGAGGCCAUACGUGUGCGUUGCCGUGACUCAACAAGUCGCAAAUGAUCAAUAAAUGUAU